AGCUACUCAGUGAUCUUCAUUAGUUAUCCAAGGCAACCACAAUGAACAAGCUAAUUCUAAUCGCAGGUCUUUGUCUUUCCCUUGGCAGUUUGGUAACAUCCACCAGACUGGUGUGUUAUUUCACUAACUGGUCCCAAUACCGACCUGGCAAUGGGAAGUUUAUGCCUCUGAAUAUUGAUCCAAACCUGUGUACCCAUCUGAUUUAUGCCUUUGCUGGUAUUAACGAGGCAAAUGAGUUGGUCACCAUAGAAUGGAACGAUGACCAACUCUAUGCAGACUUUAACGGACUCAAACAGAGGAAUCCAAAUCUAAAAACCCUGUUAGCAGUUGGAGGCUGGAACUUUGGAACACAAAAAUUCACUGCAAUGGUGUCAACACAAGCCAACAGAAAUACAUUUGCACAGUCUUCUAUCAAACUACUGAGAAAAUAUAGUUUUGAUGGACUUGAUCUGGACUGGGAAUUCCCAGCUGCAAGAGGAAGUCCUCUGGAGGACAAGCAAAAAUUCACACUGUUAUGCAAGGAACUCCAGGAGGCCUAUGCAGCUGAAGGAACAGCAACUGGCCGACCCCGAUUAAUGCUCUCUGCUGCCGUCUCUGCUGGGAAAGGAACCAUUGAUGCUGGUUAUGAAAUCGCAGAGAUAGCAAAGUAUGUGGAUUUUAUUAAUGUGAUGACAUAUGACUUCCAUGGCACCUGGGAGAGUGUGACCGGACAUAACAGCCCCUUAUACAAGGGAUCGCAAGACACCGGGGACCAUGUUUACUUAAAUACUGACUUUGCCAUGAGAUAUUGGCGAGACAAGGGGACUCCUGUUGAAAAAUUAAAUAUGGGCUUUGCUACAUACGGGAGAUCAUUUAGACUGUCUACUCAAUCCAGUCAGGUUGGAGCAGCAGCCAGUGGUCCCGCUGCUGCUGGUACUUUUACCAGGGAGGCCGGCAUCUUGUCCUAUUAUGAGAUUUGCACUUUUCUUCAAGGGGCCAGUGUGCACUUGAUUGAGGACCAGAAAGUUCCAUAUGCUGUCAAACAAAAUGAGUGGGUUGGAUAUGAUAACAAAGAAAGUUUUGAGACUAAGGCAAAUUACUUAAAAGAGAACAGAUUUGGAGGAGCUUUCAUCUGGGCUCUGGAUAUGGAUGACUUCAAUGGACAGUUCUGUGGACAGGGAAAUUACUCCCUUAUCAGCUAUCUCCGCUCACUUGUAGCUUCAGAUCUUCCUCCCCUCCCUACGACAGAAACCAUCGUAAAUCCAGUGACUCCACCUACAAAGAAAGAUCCACCUCCCACUACACCUCACUCCAGACCUACAACCACUACUUCACCCCAAACCCCAGGCAACAACUUCUGUGCAACCAAGCCUGGUGGGGUUUAUGCCAAACCUGAUGCCCCGGGUUCCUUUUACAAUUGUGCCAAUGGCAUCACCUGGAUCCAAAACUGCCCUGCUAAUUUAGUCUUUCGAGAUAGCUGCCUUUGCUGUGGCUGGCCAUAAAAGCCUGCACAUCAUUUUAUAUUCCACAAGCUCUGAUAUCUGUAGUUAUCAACCGCGAGCUAUAGUCAUUCUUACUGAGUUACAGUUAGUGUUUAUUUGAGUGUGUUUUUAAGUUAAUUUAACUGUGGAAUGUAGUACAGUUGGUUAUCUAAGAAUUUCCUGUGGAGUAUGAUUGUUGACAGCUAAUUAAACCUUAUC